UCGCACAGGGAAAAACCAUAGACAUUUUACUGUGAAAGCAAAAAUGGCUGCACCAGCGUAGAUUUAUAAUCAUUGCCGUCUGGGUUUCAAAAUUCGAAUUCGAAACAAGGUGCAUUUGUUCGGAAGGAUUGGUGUCACUUAAUAUCAGCAGAUUGAGAUUUUUGUUAGGGUGAAGAAAUUGGAAACAAUUGCAUCACAAGUGGUGGUGUAGGAGAGGUAAACCAAACUGGAAGUGUACAGAGAGAGCGCUGACAAAGUCGCACAUGAAUCUCGACCCACCGGAGCGUCAAGUAGUUCAGUCGGAAAUGGCGCUGGAGGCCGGUGGAGCUACUAGCGUUUAUGACGAUCCACUUCUCGAUAACAACUCCCUUGUGGUGCCGUCCAGCGGAAAUUACGGUCUGGUCGUUUACGGUGAUGAAUUUAUGGUCUCUUGGACUGAAAUUGGGGGUUCUAGUCUUAAUGGUGAAGGAGGUCACGGUGGAAAUGGUGGUGGAACUGACAGCCUGGUUCGGAAAAGAAAGUUGGGUAGACCGUUAGGAUCAAAGAAUAAGAAGAAGAAAAAGAUUCUCGGUGAAGUCACAGGCGUUAAUGCUGGUCUGACUCUUGGUAGUGAAGGACUUCAAGGGCGGUUGGAUGAGGUUAUUGCAAGAAACAGGUGCAACGGUGACGUUAUUAUAGGGAAGAAGGAUGGGAGAGGGAGACCCAAGAGCUGGAAGAGUAAGAAGAAAACUGUUGCAGCUGAGGAUAGUGGGGGAAUGUUAGGUGAUGUUCCUGCUGUUCAUGGCGGUGGAGAUUUGGUUGUUAAGAAGAAGGAUGGCCGUGGCCGGCCUAAGGGUUCAAAGAAUAAGAAGAAGGAUGGUCGUGGACGGCCUAAGGGUUCAAAGAAUAAGAAGAAAACUGUUGUAGCAGCUGAAAAUCAAGGUAUGCUGAGCAAAACUGCUGCUGGUAAUGAUGGUGGAGAUGGAAUUGUGAAAAAGAGGGAUGGUCUCGGCAGGCCUAAGGGUUCGAAGAAUAAGAAAAAAAUUGUUGUAGCUGUUGAAAACCAGGGCAUGCUGAGUGAAACUGCUGCUCGAAUUGAUGCCGGAGAUGGGAUUGUUAAAAAUAUUGAAAAUCAUGCCAUGCUGAGUGAAACUGCUUUUGGUAAUGAUGGUGGAGAUGCCAAUCAUGCGAUAGUUAAGAAGGUCAAUGGUCGUGGCCGGCCUAGGGGUUCAAAGAAUAAGAGGAAGAUUAUUGCAGCUGUAGAAAAUCAGGGAAUGCUGAGUGAAACUGCCACUGGUACUGCUGGUGGAGAUGGGAUUGUUAAAGAUAUUGAAAAUCAUGGAAUGCCGAGUGAAACUGCUUCUGGUACUGAUGGUGGAGAUGCAAUUGUUAAAAAGGUAAAUGGUCGUGGUGGGCCUAAGGGUUCAAAGAAUAAGAAGAAGAUUAUUGCAGCUAUUGAAAAUCAGGGAAUGUUGAGUGAAACUGCAACCGAUUGUGAUCGUGGAGAUGGGAUUGCUAGAAAGGAGGAUGGUCAUGGCCGGCCGAAGGCUUCAAAGAACAGGAAGAAACUUCUUCCAGUUCAAGGAAAUGAAGCAAUGCUGGGUGAACCUGCAAGUGGUAAUGAUGGGGAAGAUGGCAUUGUCAAAAAGAAGGGUGGUCGCGGAAGGCCUAAGGGUUCAAAGAACAAGAAGAAACUUCUUACGGCUGAAAGAAAUAUGGGAAGGCUAAGCAUAAUAGCGAUUGGUAAUGACCAUGGAGAUGGAAGUGUUAAGCAGAAGGAUAUACUUGCCCAACCCAGGGGUUCAGAGAAGAAGAAAGUUCUUGCUGCAGAUGAAGAUAAAGGUGAAGGUGUGGGUGGUAAUGAAGGUACUAAUACAACUGUUAAGGGGAGGGGUGGACGUGGCCGACCCAAGGGAUCUGUGAAAACACCACGUUUAAUCAUGGUUGGUGAAAUCUUUGCCUGUUCUAACAGAAAGGAAAAAGAUUUAGUGAUAGACAAGAAUGCUGGAGAAUUUUUUGCUGAAUCCAAGGGUGUUCUGGAAAUGCGUGGAGGAAUGCCAAGAAGGUUUGGGGAUGAAUUUUACAAACCCAGAUGCUUAUCUGACGAAAAUUCUAGUGAGAAAGGAAAGGCAAAUGAAUCGGCACCUUCAGGAACAUCAGAGAAGGGGAGUUUGAUGUGUCACCAAUGCCGGAAAAAUGAUAAAACUGGUGUUGUCUUCUGCUCAAAUUGUAAACGGAAACGCUACUGCUACAAGUGCAUCACGAAGUGGUACCCUGAGCGAACGAACGAGGAAAUCAGGAGUGCUUGUCCAUUCUGUCGUGGUAAUUGCAAUUGUAAUGCAUGCCUUCAAGAGGAUGUAAUUUUAAAGGGUUGUCAUAAAGAAGUGGAUGAGAAUACCAGAUUACAGAGAUUGCUUUAUUUGCUACACAAAACUCUGCCUCUCCUCAGGCAUAUUCAAGAAGAGCAGAGCUCCGAACUAGAGACGGAAGCCGGCAUCUUUGGCGUCCAAUUGACAGAGGGUGAUCUAAUAAAAUCUAUUCUUGAUGAAGAUGAUCGAGUGUACUGUGACAAUUGCAAUACAUCCAUCGUCAAUUUUCACAGAAGCUGCCUAAAUCCUGAUUGUUCUUAUGAUCUCUGUCUCAAUUGUUGUCGGGAACUCAGAAAAGGUCUCCAACCUGGAGGUAAUGAAGCAGAAUCUUCUCUUCAACAGUUUGUUGAAAGAUCUCAUAGCCUAGUUACUGAUGCAAAGGGGCAAAUUUCUGCAAAUGAUUGGGAAAGCCGAAUGGCUCCUCCAGCAAAUGGUUGUCUGGCUCAUAUGCCCUGUAACUUUCCCGAAUGGCGUGCGAAGAUUGAUGGUAGCAUACCUUGCGCUCCCAAACAGCGUGGUGGUUGUGGUACUGGAAUGUUAGAGCUCAGGCGCAUCUUUGAAGCAGAUUGGGUGGUCAAACUAAUUGAGAAUGCGGAGGACCUAACUUCCCAUUACCAUUCACCAGAUAUUGACUUUUCACAAGGAUGUUCUUUGUGCCUCCAUACCCGCACAUCACAAGAUGAGGAAAAUCACGCUGGAGUAAGGCAAGCAGCCUUCAGGGGAAACAGUCAUGAUAAUUUUCUUUACUGCCCAAAUGCAGUUGACUUGGGAGACAGUGAGUUUGAGCAUUUUCAAAUGCACUGGCAGAGAGGUGAACCCGUUAUAGUUAGAAAUGUACUAGCAAAGACAUCUGGUCUUAGUUGGGAACCAAUGGUCAUGUGGAGGGCCUUUAGAACUGCAAGAGAAAAAUUAAAAGAGGAGACUUUCUCUGUUAAGGCCAUUGAUUGUUUGGAUUGGUGUGAGGUUGAGAUUAGUAUUCACCAGUUCUUCAGGGGCUACUUAGAGGGCCGUAGGCAUCAAAGUGGGUGGCCUGAGAUGUUGAAACUGAAGGAUUGGCCUCCAACAAAUUCGUUUGAAGAAUGUCUGCCACGGCAUGGUGUUGAAUUUAUGGCCAUGCUUCCGUACAGUGAUUACACCCAUCCUAGAUCAGGCCUUUUGAAUCUUGCUACAAAACUUCCUGAUGGUGCUGUAAAGCCAGACUUGGGACCCAAAACUUAUAUUGCUUAUGGAUAUUCUGAAGAGCUUGGGAGAGGUGAUUCAGUGACAAAACUGCAUUCUGACAUUUCUGAUGCGGUAAAUAUACUGACCAACACAGGCAAUGUGAAGAUUCCCCCAUGGCAAUGCAACAUCAUCCACAAGUUACAGAAAGAAUAUGAACAUGAAGAUCAGAAUGAGCUUUGCAGUGGGACGCAGAAGAGACUCUGCACAUCUAAAAGAAAACCACCAAAGCAGCUCUGCAGGUAUGAAACCAUGGAUUCUGCAUAUGAGGAGAAAGGGGACCUCAGUGAAAACUACUCUUCCGUACUGGAAAACAUGAAUAAGCAUGUGACAUCGGUUGGAGAGCAAGAGAGAACCUUUCCUAUGUUAGACUCGGUGUGUUUGGAAACUGCGGGAUUCAACAAAUCGCGGCCUGAUCUGGGAUGCCCUCCUCCUCUUGAAGAUACAGUUGCUAUAAAUGCUGAUUGGCAAUCUGCUGUAGAUGUGAACGUGAUGGAUCAGAUUAAUGGUCUUGGCACGCACGUCUUGGAAGAAUCCAUCGCCUCUUUUCUGGAAAGAGACUGUGAGGAGAGCUAUAAUUUUGAAAGUAAACAGGACAAUCUGAAGAAAUGCUCGUCAACGAGCGGGAUCCCCACAGAGAGUAAGUCAUUACCCAAGUGUCUGAAUCAGGAAAAAAGCACACUGGGCACCUCUGGGAUUGAAAGAGUCAUGGAUGUGGAAGUUGAAAAGUAUAACUAUUCUUCUCUGAGCCAUCAGCCUUAUAAGACAACCAGCUUCAUUGAUGCUAGUUCAUCUGUUUUGCCUAAGUGCAUGAGUUUGGAGAAAAAAAUCGAUCAAUCUAAAUUCAAAGAAAUCGGCUGUGGAAGGUACAUUGAUGUUCCAGAAAGAGGUUGCUUACCAGACAGGAUAAACCGAAGCACCAGUAGUUCAGCAUCAUUGAAGGAAAAUCCAGUUUCAGCUGAAGAUGCCCUUCAGAGUAAUACUGACUGUUCCAAGUUUAUACAUGGAGGUGCUGUUUGGGACAUCUUUCGUAGGCAGGACGUGCCGAAGCUAAUUGAAUACUUGCAGAGGCAUUGGAAAAGAUUUCGCCACGUCAAUAAUGUUCCAGUGAAUUCUGUUGUUCAUCCUAUUCAUGACCAAAUUUUUUACCUAAAUGAGAAGCACAAAAAACAGCUAAAGGAGGAGUUUAAUAUUGAACCAUGGACGUUUGAGCAAUAUCUUGGUGAGGCUGUAUUCAUCCCUGCAGGAUGCCCACAUCAAGUGAGAAAUAGACAGCCCUGCAUCAAAGUUGCCGUUGACUUUGUAUCCCCUGACCAUGUUCAAGAGUGCAUCCAGCUGACAGAAGAGUUUCGCCUGCUUCCAAAGUCCCACAGAUCCAAGGAAGAUAAAUUGGAGGUAAAGAAAAUGACACUAUAUGGUGCACGUCUGGCUGUUGAUGAAAGUCGAAACCUGAUGUUGAAACUUCAUUCAACAAAGCGAGACGAGAAAGGUGCUGAGCAAGCUAUGGUAGAUGAGAGCUCUAAGAUUGACAAGGUCCAUGGAGACAUUGUUGCUGAUGCUCGUGAAUAUCCUGCAUUUACCUUCAGGUUUUGUUUUUCGUCCAUGAUUGAGAAGGUCCCUAGAGACAUUAUUGCGUAUGCUCAAGGAUAUCCUGCAUUUUUCUUGAGGUUUGACUGUGUAGGAUUGAGAAGGUUUCUGUAG